AUGGUGCAAAAGCACAUUGUCCAGAACUACCUAGUGGCAAUGGUAGCUAGCUGUUGCAUGGUUGAAUUUGGAUAUGAUGGCACCGUCUUCUCGUCCAUCCAAGUGCUUCCCACUUGGGUCGAAUACUUCAACAACCCGAAUCCAAAUCUUGUCGGCGCCAUCAAUACCGCCUAUAGCGUGUGUGCGAUCGUCUUUGGUUUCUUUAUAAGCCCAAUCAUUGCCGAUAGAUUGGGCCGCAAAUGGGCUCUUGGUGCUGGUUCUGCGCUUGUUGUCGUCGCCACAUUUGUCAUGACGUUCGCUCCCAAUAUCGCCGCCUUCAUUGGCGGAAGAGCUAUCGCUGGUGCUGGACAAGGGCUUGCAAUGCCUGUCGGAACGAUCUACAUCGAAGAACUGGUUUACUCGAGGACUCGGGGUAGACUCAUGAGUAUAUGGCAGAUCUUCUACGGAAUCGGGAACAAGAUUGCGACUUACAUUGCUCUUGGCUGCGUGUAUUCUCCACACCUGGGCAUCUGGCAGUUCCGUACUGUAAUUAUCUUUCAGCUCUUUGCGCCCAUGGUUUUGUUGUUAGCGCUACCAUUCUGCCCAGAGACUCCUCGAUGGUGUGUUCAAAAUGGCAGAAUCGAGCAAGCCCGCGAGGCACUUCGCCGUGUACGCUUGGAGGAGGAGGUUGAGGAUGAAUUGAACGAGAUCAGGGCUGCUGUUCUGUACGAACAGGAAAAAACCAAGGGCAGCUACAAGCAGCUCAUCGUCAACAAGUCCUACCGGAAACGGUUGAUUCUGGCCAUUAUCAUGAACAUCGGCCAGCAGUUCAGCGGUAUCGGUGCUUUAUCUCAGUACUCGGGUAUCAUCACUGAGCAGGUGUUCCCAAACCCCAAAACUGUCAUUUUGGUGAAAGCAGUCGUCGCCAUAUGCAUCACCAUGUGUCCCUUCAUUGCGUUCUUCUUCAUUGACAAGAUUGGUCGGCGACCUAUGUUUAUCAUCACGGCUCUGGGUAUGGCCGGUGUCACUUUUACCAUUGCCACCGUGACGACACAAACAGCAACUCCAGAUAGAAAACACUCUCUUGGUACUGGGAUCGGCUUUACAAUCCUUGAAAUCUGCUACUAUGCCUUUUAUGGACCAGGCUGGGGUGCUGGGCUGUGGAUCUGGACCAGCGAGAUCUGGCCAGUCGUUGUGCGUGCCAAUGCUGUGGCCAUCUCUUCACAAUCUCAGCAAGUAGCAAACAUCGUCCUCGGACAGGCCUACCCGUCAUUCCUAGCCGCCGCUGGCUUUUACACAUUCUAUUUCUUCAUGGGGUGCAAUCUCAUAAUGGCUGCCUUUUGCUACUUGUUUAUUGCCGAAACCAAGGGCAUCAGUUUGGAGCAUAUGGAUACAGUCUUUGGGAGCAUUGAUCAUGUUGUUGCCGGAGAACAAGAAAUUAUGGAGGGAGGAAAGGUUAUACAUGAGAAUGAGACUGUAGAGGAUACCAAGGUGGCCGAUCCCAUUUAG